AUGGCUCCGUAUGUGCACUUCAUCACGGGGAAUCCCAACAAACUACGGGAGGUGAAGGCUAUCCUUGAGCCGGACAUUGAAGUUCGAAGUCAUUCUAUCGACUUGGAAGAAGUGCAAGGCUCAGUGGAGGAUGUAACCCUAUCCAAAUGCCAGAGGGCAGCAGACAUCAUGGAUGGACCUGUGCUGGUGGAAGACACUGCAUUGUGCUUUCACGCAUUGGGUGGUAUGCCCGGCGUUUACAUCAAGUGGUUCUUAACAACAAUCGGUCUCGAUGGUCUUAACAACCUUCUAGCUGCCUAUCCUGACAAAUCUGCAGACGCUGUCUGCACCUUUGGCUACUCGGAAGGCAGAGGCAAAACACCAAUUUUGUUCCAGGGACGUUGCCAGGGCAAAAUCGUGCCUGCACGCGGCCCGACGCGAUUCGGCUGGGACCCUAUUUUCGAGCAUGGUAAUGAGACAUUCGCCGAAAUGAGCCCUGAAAAGAAGAAUCAUAUCUCUCAUCGAGCCAGGGCGCUCGGAAAGCUGCAGAUGUACUUCAAAGAGCACGCAGCUACAAAGUGA